AUGCAGUUGACGAAGGAUGCCUCGCUGGACGUAGAUUCAACCACUGGUGAACGCAGGUUUGGCGGCGACUGCAGGUGCCGUUUCGCGGCACCACCGGCGCCUCCAAAAACUCAGUGGUUCAUUCAGAAUGCUAGGCUCUGCGAUACUCGCGAUGUGCGCGACGCGAUCCUCGAGGCGGCUGUCGACCUCUCUUUUGUAAUUUUUGAUCGUGUGAUGUCGUAUGUCGUCUUUGCAGCGUCGUCUCUCGGCCUCGAUUCCAAGCACGUCAAAAGUGUGCGUUGCGUCGUCCUCGCUCGAGUGCUGCCUUCUUCUCACGUGCUUCGUCGGUUGGCCAUGCCUUCACCGUUCCGCCGAGUCCCUUCGAGGUUGGGCCUCGACUAUCCUCCUGCGCUACAGCAAGGCACACGCUUCGUCGAAGACCAACGCGUGGACACCAAGGCAAGGCACCGUUUUGAGCGUUUCUGUGUGUGGACCGCUUGA